AUGCAGCAGGCGGGUCUCGUCAGAUUGCUCGACGAGACCCAGGACAUCAACAAUCAUCUGGGCACGAGGCUCCCAGCUGUCCCACGCCGCUGCACAGCCACGCCAGCGGACGAGGUAACUCGUCCGGACGCCAUCCACGUAGCCGUGGUUUUAAGAUACGCUCCACCAGAAAGCAAUGACCACCGCCUGAGUUCACCAAAGGAUGUGGUGGAGGCGGGAACACCUGAUCCGGCUCGAGGUUUGGAUCAACUUGAUGAUCAGGAACUGUACCGUGUAACGGAACAGUUGCAAGAUGACCUGAAUCACGAACGGAAUCGGCGUUACGAGCUCUGUGAACUUGUAAAGGAUAAUUACAACUCCUUAGAGCACGAUCGUUUCAAAGAUCGUGCCGCGUUUGCGUUCGCGCAACUUGAGAACGAACGUUCGACUCGUUAUCUUCGUAACGAGCUGACUGCAGCUUGUCGAGCCAUCGCUCAACUGCGUGAACAGGUCGCUUCUCUAGUCGACCAGACUGGCUCGUUGAAACGGGACCAUGCAAAGGUGGUCUCGGCCCUUGUCCGCGGAGGUGUUCUUCGCAUCUCGAAACGGGAUCGUACUGAUAGUACGGGCGGAGACGUCCAACGUAAAACGCAGGAUGCGUACGCAUCUUACAGGGCAGUUCAAUCGUGUGUGCGUUGCCCAUUCGACGCAACAAACGAGAUGGACCGAUAA